UUAGAAAAAACACGAAUGCGAGGCAGCCAUAGGCGAAAAGCUGGAACUUGGGUGGCUGGAACUACGGAAGGGGAAUUAGCUACUUGAUAAUGCACGGAAUUCCAUAAUAAUAUGUUAAUAUACAGUAAAAUGUUAUAGUGUAGGUCUACAUUAGCGUAGUACACAUGAAAACAAAAUGAAUGUAUCAAUUUUCCUGGUCAUUUACUUCAUUCUUAUAAUUCAAAAUGUCGACUCGUACGUGCUCGCGGUGGACAAUGUGACCGUGGCGUGUCACAACCUGCAGACCGUGGUGUACUGGAACCACAGCCAACCACAGCUGCAGCCUCACUUCAACGUCACCCUACAAUCCUACUAUGGGGGCACGCACACGCAGGUGUGUACUGACACCCCAGCCUAUUACUGCAACGUUUCCGCGGCAACACAGGGAAUCAUCAGAGAUGAUUAUAUCGUCUUUGUGACCGUGUCUGGUCAGAACGAGUCCCAGCAUGCCUCCGCCAUCACGUUCAGCUAUGAAUACAGUUCCUCCCUCAAACAGAUCUGCUCAGUGGACCUCCCCUUGGUCAACAUCUCUGUCCAACCAGAUCACCAUGUCAAGGUCUACUUCCCCCACCCAUUUCACAUCUACAAAAAGGCCAUUAACCCAUCAGAUUGGGAAAACUUUGAGAUAUUUAACUACGUCAUCAUCACCAAGGACCAGAAGGAGCAUGGUUUCUCCUGCGACAGCGAACACCACCAUGUAUGUGAGGCUCGGUUACCGGCGGAGAUGGCAGCAGACAAACACUGUGUGAACAUUAAAGGGUUAAUGGGUGCCUUAACUGUUACGACUCCUGAGCUCAUCUGCAUAGACGAGCCUCCACCAGCCACGGAUGCCUCCCUGACCGUCCUCUAUAUCAUGCUCCCUGUCAUAAUAAUCCUGGUUGUCGGCUGUGUGCUUUACAUGGUCUUCAGAAAAUGGACCAAAGUCCCUCUGCCCGAGUCUAUAGCCAAGAUGCUGAAAGGGGUGAAUGGCUACCCGCUGUGCGUAGAGGCAACCAACAUAUCUCCGCUUAGUGAGGACUCCACUAGCCCCACUAGCUGCAGCCAUCUGCUCUCAGUGGAGACCCCCACGACCAACCUCCACCCUGCACACUCCGACCCUGGCCUCUCGGGACAGCAGACCCACUUCCCCUUGCCCUUUCGCCGUCCGACCCAGGAGGUGACCGAUGAGGAUGUGACAGCAUUACCCCGUGAUGAGUCGAGCCUGCAGGGCGAGGUAGAGAUGGUAGAGGAGGCUCAGUUGGACUGUAGGGAAGAUCUUCAAGCUGGUUCAGGUUACGAAAGGCGGGACAAUAUUAUAGUCGAGAUGGAUGCUGGAGACAUGGUAGAGGCCUACAAGUGAUCUAAACCACUUGCACAUGCUCUGUCUUAAAAAGUGGCUCAUCGUUUCGUUUGUGUAUAAUGGUAAAAGCCAGAGGAUCAUUGAGGGAUCAUUUACUUUUGUGCUGUUAUUUGUACUCAAGCCUUUUGCACACGUGUCCUGGUUUAUUUUAUUUCAACACUGGAAAAUAGAUCAGAUUAUAAAAGUGUAUCCUUAACAGCUUUGCUAAUACCAGUACAAUGUCUUCGCUUUUCCUUUUUUGUGACAUUUUGUAAGCAUAAGUGUGUAUAAUACACACUUAUGGGAGUCAGAUGGCUGAGCGGUGAGGGAGUUGGGCUAGUAAUCAGAAGGUUGCCGGAUCGAUUCCCCGCCGUGCAAAGUCGCUCUGGAUAAGAGCGUCUGCUAAAUGAAUAAAUGUAAAUAAUACUAAAUACAUUUUUUACCUACCCCAUUGUUACUCUUUACUCUCAACGACACCAAUUGUACACUGCAGGAAGAAGAAGCAAAUGUGCGUGUCAUUAAAGUCGAAACACUGAG